CGUGGAUUGAUAUGAUGUGGUGAUGUUGUGGAUUCUCAAUAUUUUUACGAAGAUGGAUUCUUCUAGUUCUACGUGGAAGUUAAAUUUUAUUUUUCUAGCGAUGUGCUUUUUCUGCAGAUUGAAGUUUUCUCAUGCUGCACUUGAACCAGGCAUUUAUGAAUAUAAAUUAACCAGCAAAAGAGACAAUAAUUAUACAAUUAUUACUAAGAGUUUAUUCAACAAUACUGAUGUAAUACUUAAAGCCGGCUGCUCGGAAUCUAAAUCUACAUGUAACAUAUACUUGGAAUGGGUUCUCGGAUACUCUGAAUGUGACAACGCAUUUGAGGAAAAUAAUACUGUCACUGACUUGAUCAGCCCAGAGAAGUCGUUACCAAAUAUGGGGAACAAAUUUAGUUUUCAGAAAUCGACAAAGAAACUGAACGAAACGUGUGAUAAUAAAGCAUUUUUUAAAGAUCAAGCAGAAAUUGCUCCGAUAACAUUUUGCUCAAUUGUGAACACCACUACUGAACCUAAUUGUAGAGAAUUAGAUCGACAACCAGUUUCUGACACAGGUGAAACUUCGAAUGAAGGGAAACCAGGCAAACCAUCAAAGGAGACACGGCAUAGAAGAAAUGAACAGGGCUCCUCAAUUAGGCCUGGCACCACAUCUAAGCCUAUCACCACAUCUAAGCCUAUCACCAAGGGUGGAGAAACUACAAAAGCUACAAUUAAGAAUCACAAUAGAAUCGCAAAGACAUGGGUAGAUGGUCGUUACAUUUUAGCGUUUUCUAUAUCAAGUGAUUGCGGAGAUACUGAAAUUGAAGUCACAGUUAAGUUUCAAAAUUCUCAUGGUUAUCUCUCAGCCAACCAAAGGCCACUUCUUGAUUUUUAUGCAGUGAUGUGUGCAGCUUAUACAAUCUUGGCUUUCCUUUGGCUUCUCAUGAUGGCUUGUCAAUGGAGGGAUAUACUUCGAAUUCAGUUCUGGAUUUGUGGAGUCGUUCUAUUAGGUCUUUUGGAGAAAGUAGUAUUUUACUCGGAAUAUCACCACGUAAACUCAACUGGCUAUGCAUCUCCUGCGACUCUUGUGUUUGCUGAGUUGGUGUCCUGCCUUAAACGAACUGUUGCCAGGAUGUUGGUGAUAAUUGUCAGCAUGGGAUUUGGAAUCACUAAACCUCGUCUUGGACCUCAGUUGCAUCGUGUAAUUGGCGUAGGAUUCCUGUUUUUCCUGCUCAGCGCAAUUGAAGCUUGUCUACGUGUGCAAGGGAGUGUACAACAGCAGCUAGUGGCUAGCAUUCCUCUUGCAGUUUUGGAUGCAGUCAUUUGUUACUGGAUAUUUACCAAUUUGGUUGACACAACAAGAACUUUGAGACUACGUCGCAACGUUGUCAAGCUUUGGUUGUACCGCCAUUUUACAAAUGCACUCAUCUUCUGCAUCAUUGCCGCCGUGAUUUUCAUAGCAUGGUCUACAAAACAACACAAAUUAGCUCUGUGUGUAAGUAAAUGGAACGAGAUUUGGUUAGACGAUGCUUACUGGCAUAUUCUCUUCUACAUUGUCCUUGUGGUGAUCAUUAUUCUCUGGCGUCCUACUGCUAACAACCAACGCUAUGCAUACUCGGCCCUCACUGAUGCUGUAGAGGAUGAGGAGUCGAAGGAGCCAAUGAUUCCAGAAUCGUUUGAGGGGAUGAAGAUGCGAAAUGUCAACCGCCCUGAUAAUUCAGUUUCCACAAAGGUUGAAGAUGACCUGAAGUGGGUUGAAGAUAAUAUUCCAGCGUCUGUAGCAGAUACUGCUUUGGCUGUAUUUGAUGAUUCUGAUGAAGAGAUUGUCACGAAUAUUGAACGCAGUAAAUUGGAAUGAACAAAAUGUACAGUGGUUGAUAACUUUGGAAUGUAAAGUAGAAAAUUGGAAACACUCAGACAUGCCAUAGAUCUGUGGACAUUCCUGCCACAGGUUAGAGUUGCAGUAAUUUGACAUAAUAUGCACUUUCGUCUAAAUGGUAUGUUUCGAUCAUAGGUUAUGGUAUAAAUAUUUGUUUUGGGCUGCUUGGUCUGAGUCUGGGAUGAUCACACUGAUUAACUAAAGAGGACUGAUACAUCUUGGAACAAAUGUGUCGUUUGACAGAUGUCAGCACAGGUUGACCCUUGGGUUGCGCCUGAAUUGUAAUAACCAAAAAUGAUAUGUGCAAUUGUUACACCUGGAUACAGUAAUUUUUUGAAACAAACCAAUUUGAAAGAUCUUUGCAGUUAUGCUGAUUUUAUGACAUGGUCCCCUCUAAAGCCAUGGAGUUGCACAUUGUUCCACCUGGAAUUUUUAUAGGAUUUAACUUAUGCCAGAUACAAACUACUAAAGUGAUUAUUACCAGCAUAAUCACUUUUUUUAAUAUUGCUACCAAAUCUGGACAGUUGGUAGCAAUUUCAUAGAAGCUUUGAUAUUAUAAUAUCAGGUGGCAAAUUUUGUUGGCCAAUGUAGAUCUAUGGAUGUUUCUGUCACUGUGGUGGACAUUAAUAAAUAAAAUUGAUCAACAUUAUCAAGCUUAUGAGGGAUAAGACAAUAAAAAAAAGCCAAACCUUGCUGUCACUCAGUGUUCUACACUACUAGAUAUAUUAAACAGAGAAACUUCAUUUUGCCACUAAAUUUUAAUUUUUAUAAAUUUCAAUGCAUAUCAAUGUCAUGUAUUGAAAUUAGCACUACUCACUUUUGCUGAAAAUGUUGUGGGGGCCCCCUCCCCUAUUUGAAAAAUUCUCGAUCUGCCUCUGGUAACCUGUAUUUAAAUUCGCCAUGGCAUUGAGUAUGAUCACCGAGAGUAAAUUCCAAAGCAGAUCGGAUCAGCUGAUUUCAUUUGAUAAUUGGUUAAAAAUUGUUCUUGACUGAUUUGGCAAGUUAAUUGUGGUUCCCUAUGAGGAGCAUGUUAUUGCAGUGUAGAAUUUGCAAAAUAUAGUUAGAACGUGUAGCGUUUUUAUGUAAAUCAAGCUUGAAUUAUCAAAAGCCUCAUUUAUGUAUUUUGUAAAAAUACAAUUACUUCAUUUAUACAUUUACUUAUAUGAAGAAUGCACAUUUGAGUGAAAGAAAACUUAAAAAUAGUAAACUGUAGAAUAAAAUGUGUUUUACUUUAAUACAUCUAUUAGAAAAUAUUUAAAUAUUUAUAAUUGAUAAAUAAUUAUUGAUUAAAAUAGAGUACUACUUUAUUUUAAAGGUAUUCAAUUUUAUUUUCUUAUUUUUAUUAUUAUAUUACUACUACUAUUGUUAUAAUUUAUUAUUGUUCCUACUACUAUUAUUACUGUUGAACAUUAUCAUUUUACAAUAAUUCAUAUUUUACAAUACUCUUAUUUUAAAGUGGCAGUCCAUGAUGGUCAAGUAAUUGUGAGCAUGCAUUGAUCCAGAUGACCAUUAACAUGUAAACAUUCUCAUAACUGGCUCAUUGUAUCUCAUAUUCAAAAUGUCUAAAUUGUUUACUAUUGGCCGGAUGUAUAAGUAUGGUGUUAGUCAUAAAUGUUAUCAAAUUGUUUGUUACAUUUUUCAUUAAUUGCUUAAUUUAGGUCCAAUGUUGUGUAAUUCAUUACUUCACAUAUUGCUUUAAAAAAUGUUUAUUCAAUAAUAUUCUGUUUUUUGUGUGUUUCAAAAAGAAAAUCAACACUUUGAUUUGAUUUUUAGUAUUCUAGUAUUUAUAUCAUUUGUAAAAUGUGUUGUAGUUUAUAAUAAAUAAUGAUAUGAGUUCUUUCUAUCUUUAUUAUUUAGAUUGCUGCUAAAUUGUACAAUAUUUGCAAUUAAAUGAAAAAGAUGAAAACAGUUUAAAACUUAAUACUAAUUAAUGUUAAGUUGUACAUUUUAAUUGCUGGAUAUUUCAAUAAGACCAUUUUUCUUUUAUCUCUCCCCAAUUUGAAGUUUGUUUAUUACUGUAUAAUUAUUAAAUGGUGUUUGUUCGUAGUUUAUCUUUAAUUUGGAAUACUGUAGUGUGAAAUUUAUUUAUGUAUAUAUAUUGAACCAUCUCUAUUUCAUAUUGAUGGUAUUAUGUGAUUAUCAAGAUUGUGCUAAACUGUAGAGGGCAGUUUUCUCACAGUAUAUUUGAAUCUGUGUAGCAUGUGACAGGUCUUUUUUUAUUAUUAUGGUCUUCAAAUAUUAUACCCUGCAGCUUGCUGGGUGAUUGAUAUGUACACCAGGAGCAAAUCUUAUACAGUAUUGUCCUGUUAUUUUUAGAAUAAAUUUCUUUGUUGGCUACAGAA